AUGCUCGAGUCUUCGGCUUACGACAAAUUGUACUGGACCUCCCUCCAACUUAACGUCUUCCUCGGAAUGUGGUUGUCGUCCGCCGCGGAGCUGAUAAAGAAGGUGCAAAAUGGAGGAGGAAAACAAAACACGCUCCGACUCACGGCCAACAAAGACAAACCUGUAGGCGCCAUAGAACCCAUAGACGUCAGCGUGGUUGCAGCGAAGCUAUUGGUUGAGAACGACAUUGCAAAGCACAACAAAGCGAAAUACGUUUUGAAUGGCCCAGAAAGCAUUACCGGCGCUCAAAUUGUGGCGAUGGUGGAGGAACGCAUUGGGGCGAAGGUUGACAAUGUUGUCUUCAGGGACAACUCAAUACUGGAUAAUUCUGCAGCGGCAUCUCCAGAGUUGAAACAUCUUUUCGCCACGAUGAAGGAAGCAGCAGAUGAGACAUUCGACUCUCCUCUUCCGACUGUGCCAACUAGUCAGGAGAUUCUUGACUUAGCACCGCCGAAGAGUACUCCGGUCAGUGUUCUAGAGCAGCUACUAGGGUAG